CCGGCGCAUGCGAGGUGGAAGGAAAGCAGCUGCACCUGCGGCGGCGAGGGCUGCCGUGCGUCAGUAGCUUCGCUUUGCUGGCGGCUGCUAUGCUGGGCGGCGGCGUGGAGUUGGCGGAGAACCCCGUCCGCUCCCUCCAUGGCGACCCCGCCGCCGCCGCCGCAACCCCAGGCGACUUCUUCUUCUUCUUCCUCCUCCUCGUUGGUGGCCAAAGUGGCUCCGGUUUCUCAGCCCCGCAAGCCGCCCCCCGCCGCUGCCGGGCUAAGGCUCCCCGCCUCCCUCCCGGUGACUGCCGCCAAAGCCCCGCAAACCGCCGCCUUACAUUUACCGGCGAGUUUCCACAUUGCCCCAGGAACAGUUCUUCUCAGAAGUAACACUGGUCAGCUAAUGUUGGUGUCUCAGCAAGCCCUAGUGCAAGCCCAAAGCCAGACCCAAAGUAACACAACUGUAAGAUGGUCAAUGCCUGCACAUUCAUCUGUGGUCAAAAUACAGACUCCACAGAACUCUGCUAAUCAGGUACUUAAAGUUCUAGCAGCUCCUGUUAAAACGGUGUCUCAGACAACUCAUUCCAUUACCUCUGGUGUUAAGAAGACUGCUGUAAUCCAGUCAGUAGCAUCAACAAAUAGUAUUACCACAAGUACAACUCUAAAGGAAACAUCAGGAAAUCAUCCUAUUUCUAAUUUUCAUGUACUGCCUGCUGCUCCAAAAUCAGUUCGUGAUGCAACCACGAUACAUGAUACAGCCACAACUGUAGCACAGGCCAGCAUUUCUGCAGAAACGCUGGAAAAUGUGAAAAAGUGCAAAAACUUUCUUGCGACACUUAUAAAACUGGCAUCCAAUGGACCUCAUUCACCAGAAAUGGGGCAGAAUGUGAAGAACCUGGUAGAAAAUCUGUUGGAAGCUAAAAUUGAACCAGAAGAGUUUACCAAAAAGCUGUACAUUGAGCUGAAGUCUUCCCCGCAGCCAUAUCUUGUUCCUUUUCUCAAGAAAAGUGUGCAUGCCUUAAGGCACCUCACUCCAGAUAUACAGACCUUUAUACAGCAGUGUCUCCAGCAAUCUAUACCACGAACAGCUGCUUCUACUUGUGCUGCUGCACUGUCAUCUGCAUCUGUAGUGGCUAGCAGCACUCCUGUGACAACAGCCUCUUUCCAAUCUGCACGGCCUGUGCUUAGAACUCCAUUGGGAAUAUCUUCUCCACAGACUUUGGACCCAGUCUCUUGUACAUCUCUGGUGACAAGAGGAUCUGCUUCACUUCAGUUUGCCCAGCCAGAUGGUGCUUUGUCUGUGGGGACAUUUCCCCUUCAAGUUGCCAAUUCUGUUCCCUCCACUCAUCUGGCAUCAGGUAUAGAUACUCUGAAGACUGUACAGCCAACUUCUUCCAUUGCAGUGAUGACAACAAAUAACACUCUUAUUCAGCUUACAAAACCAGUGCACACUCCUGCAACAAUGUUUUCUGCUCCACUUGCUGCUCUUAGUUCUGUAAAGUCAGUGCCGUCACCUGCUGUGGCAAAGUCUCCUCAAGUGGGAAAGUCAGCCUUGACUACUUCUGCUACAACAGCCUUCACUAAAACAGUCACCACAGCGCUCCAAUCUCGAGCACCAGUCACUGGGAAACCAAUCACAAUCAGAGUUGUCCAUCCCAAUUCUGUCAUUUCUCAAUCUGUACAGACUUCACAGGCUGUAAAGGUAAAGCAGCUGAUAGUCCAGCAGCCAUCAGGUAACAUCUUCAAAAAAGUGAGCACAUUUCAGCAAGCUUCUGCACUCCCUACUGUGAACAAAGCAAGUGGGAAAAUGCCUUUAAAUACUGUUAUCCAUGCUAACCAACUUCCUGCAGGCUCCAUUGUGAAACAAAUUACCCUGCCAGGAAACAAAAUUCUGUCGCUUCAAGCAUCUCCUGUUCAGAGGAAUAAAAUAAGAGCGAAUGGAACAACAUCCUUCAGGGAUGAAGAUGAUAUCAAUGAUGUGGCUUCCAUGGCUGGAGUCAACUUGAAUGAAGAGAGCGCAUGCAUAUUGGCAACAAAUUCUGAAGCAGUUGGUGUAGUUAUCCGAUCUUGUCCUGAGGAACUGCUCCUUUCUUCAGAUGCACUGCAGAAGAAGAUCUUAGAAAUAGGUAAAAGACAUGGCAUUACGGAAGUUAAUUCUGAUGUUCUGAACUUGAUCUCCUAUGCUACACAGGGAAGAUUAAGAGGGCUUCUGGAGAAACUAACUGUAAUUGCUCAACAUCGCAUGAUGACCUAUAAGGAGAGUGACAAGUACACAAUAUCUAGUGAUACACGGGCUCAACUUAGGUUUCUUGAGCAGCUGGAUCAUGUAGAGAAGCAGAGGAAGGAUGAAGAAGAAAGAGAAAGGUUGUUCCGUGCAGCCAAGAGUCGUUCCAAUAAAGAAGAUCCGGAACAGCUGCGAUUAAAGCAGAAAGCAAAAGAGAUGCAGCAAUUAGAGCUUGCAAAGAUGCAGCAAAGGGAGGCUAAUCGUGCAGCUCUGGCAGCUUUGGGCCAAGAAGAAGAGAGACCCCUGGAAUCUGUUAGCCUUGCCUCUGGAUUUGAGGGUUUCAACAGAUUGCCCAGCCUUGCAAAGCCGUCUCUUCGUCCAAGAAUGAUACGCAUCUGUCUCAGGGACUUGAUCUUCUGUAUGGAACAAGAAAGAGAGAUGAAGCAUUCCCUAGCUUUGUAUGAGACUCUUUUGAAGUAAUGACUAGGCUUCUUCCUUUGCAUUUCAGCUUGGCACCAUUCCUUGCCAAACAGUACUUAUUUGUAUUGUCCUGAAUUCUGUUCUGGAAACCAAUGAGUUACAAGAAAUAGACUGUUAGUGGUCAGUGGUCCCAUGCAUGCUUCUUGAAUGCAUUGGAGAUAGAAGGCUUUGGGGAGCUGUUAAGUUCCUUGUCAAUUGCUUCAUCCAGUAUAUCAUUCUACAGUAUUGUUGCAUUAAUAGUGUGCCUUCUAAUGCUGUGGUUAGGGAAGAAGGGUAUGACGAAUGCAUGUAAUCACAAACCAGUAGACGGUCAGUUUGCCAGCAUAUUGCCUGCAGGAUUCAACCUCUCUAGAUGGCCUAGUUUUAAAGCUUGAUACUAUAGUUGGAUGAAAAGAAAACCACUUGAGUGCAAGCCAAAGAAGUGCCAAAGUGAAAUCUAUAAUCUACUGCCUCCAAAGAAAGAUGGACAAAGGAGGAAACUCUACCAGCAUGGUUUGUGUUGCCAAUACUGCUGGACAGGUCUGCAAGAAAGUUGGAGUGGUAAGAGCUAUGAGUGGGCAAUCUUUAGAAAUAUCGUUGCCCAAAUAACUUCACAGAAAGUGUAGGGAAUGGAGUUAGCACAUGACGGAUGGUCCUGUCAUUUCCAGUGUAAAUUGACUUAAGAUGAAUUUAACUUUGCAUCAGCAUGUGGAAUUUAAAGCAGAAAACUAUCCUUGAUAGAUAAGCAAAGUUAAAGGCACAUUCUGUUUUCUGUAAAAUAUAGGAUUGUUUGAUUUCUUCCUUCCUAUAUUAUGGUUUGAGAAGAAUAUAUUUAAGGAAUAACAGGGAUCUAAUCACAAGACUUGGAAAUGAUUCUAAAAUGGGUUGGAAAUUGUGUGGGGGCCAUACCUGGCUUACCAAGGUCCCAAGGUUCCAACCCCCACCACAAAAAAAUUCAUUUAGAGAUAGCCGUUAACAUUUCCUAACCCCCCCCCCCCAAUGGGGG